CUUUGUCUGCUUCGCACAACUGUUUGUUGAGCUUUUCGUGAAUGGAUUGAAUUUUUAUUGUUUGUUAAAUGGAAGAUGAGUACGUUUUGUAUAGUUUAGCUCAGAAAUCAGUUUUUAAAUGUGUAUAUUUUUUUAAUGGCGCUUAAAUUAAGGAAGUCUGAAAAAUAUUUUAUUUAUUAUAUUUAAUGAAACGUUUACUGGCUGUUAUGUUUCCAGAUGUACUGUAGUUAAUCUGGUAAAUACACAGAACUGACAGUUUAUAAUUCAAGUAUGCUGAUGAUCUUCUCAUUGCUUUUAAGUCUGUGUUUGCUUAUAACAGACGUUUCGUCAUGAAGCUAACUUCACAUUUUAAGAUGCUAUGAUUGUGAUCUCCCAUCAUACCGAGUCUUUAAGAAAAACUUUAAUUAUCAACAUGAGAAAGUUUGUCGGUGACCUCUGACUGCUGGUAUAUCUUUACUGAAUGGGUCUUAACAGGUGCUAAGAUGGAGCAUAUGUUUCAGACAUUUUCUUCACCCACCUCUGUUCCCCCUGAAUCAAAAUUACAAACAUACUUGAAUUCUAUUCAAAAUACAGUGGAAGAUGGUAACUAUUUUAGUGAUCCUUCAUCUGCAACAAGUAGUGAAACAAGUGCAGUCUCUGCUGGUCUUAAUGUUGAUCUAACCGGAAAGGCCAUAAACUCAGAUGUGGGACAGUUUGGUAAUUCUGUCAUCGGGCGAAUGACACACAGUUUGAGCUCACCGUCUUUCACUCAGUAUUCUGUACAGCAUCCGCAAUAUAGCACACCAUUUGGCCAUUUUGGCAUUGCAGACGUGAACAGCCGCAUGUCAAGAUGUUCGCCUCAGCAAUCUCCACUUCUUAAUAAGAGGAAUUGCUCACCUGGGCCAAAAGAUUUCUCCAAUCCAAGCCCUUCUCAUGAGCAGUACUUGGCAUCAAGUGCUAUGUUUCAGGUCACAAAUUUUCAAACUUUGAAAUAUGAGGAAUCUGUUGGUGGAACUACCUAUUUUUAUUCUCAAGAAGAGACCACUCCUCCUGAUAUAUCCCCUCUUAUUUUACCGGAUAUAAAUGUCUAUCCAGGAAACCCUUCUCAUAUUGAACAUAUGAGACCAAAAGCCAAUGCUCCAUCUUUUUUCUUGCCAGAUGAACUCAGAAUGGAUAUAUUGCACAGACAUCAGCUAACAUUAGCUGAAGCCAAUCCUGAACAGCAUCCAGAUCUUCCAUCUGAAGUGGAUGCAUAUCAUAAACUAUGUCCCCUUGAAUCUCCUGUUGGGGAAAGUCCAGCUAAAUCAUCUACUUUUGGAUAUGUAACAUCUGUAUAUAAAGCUGCCAAUAUUAAGACAGGCAUCUAUUAUUGUUUGAGAAGAAUCCAUGGUUUUAGACUAUCAAAUGCUAAAUGUGUAUCUGUGAUUGAAACUUGGAAAAAACUUCAACAUUCAAAUCUAGUACAUUUGAGAGAGGUUUUUACAACUAAAGCAUUUGGAGAUAAUUCUAUGGUUUUUGUGCAUGAUUAUCACCCUGGAGCUGACACUUUAAUGAAUCUCUACUUCAACCAACCUGCGACACCUAUGUUGAAUGGUUACUUACCAGGCUAUUGUCCUGAUGAUAAUCUUACAGCAUCCUGCCUACCUGCUAAAAGUGGUAUGAAUAAUUUACGUCAGCAUGCUGGUUUGCUUCCGGAAAGUUUGAUAUGGGGAUACAUCGUUCAACUUAGUUCUGUACUUAGGAGCAUACAUGCAGCAGGUCUUGCCUGUCGAGCAUUUGAUCCAUCAAAAAUCCUUGUUACUGGAAAAUCAAGAUUGCGAUUAAAUUGCUGUGGAAUAUUUGAUGUCUUAACAUAUGAUCCUAAUCAGCAUAAUCCAAAACAAGUAACUGCACAUUUUCAGCAAGAAGAUCUCAUGGCUUUUGGAAAAAUAGUUCUGGCUUUGGCUUGCAACACUUUGAAUGCUGUGAAGAGGAAUAAUUUAACUAGCUCUCUUGAAUUAGUGUCUAGAAAUUACUCAGCUGAUCUGAGAAAUUUAAUCUUAUAUUUGUUGCAUAAUCAAACAAGGCCACGCAGCAUAAAUGACAUAAUGCCUAUGAUUGGCGCUCGUUUUUAUACUCAGUUGGAUGCUGCACAGAUGAGGAGUGAUGUUAUUGAAAAUGAACUAUCGAAAGAGGUGGAAAAUGGGCGAUUAUUUCGUCUCUUGGUCAAGCUAGGGACUAUCACUGAAAGAGCAGAACUGAAUAUGGACCAUUCAUGGGCUGAAACAGGAGAUCGAUACUUACUGAAGCUUUUCCGUGACUACCUUUUCCAUCAAGUGACGGAAGAUGGCCGACCAUGGGUGGAUACAGCACAUAUUGUGCAGUGUCUGAAUAAGCAUGGAUUACCUAUUAAUAAGUUGGAUGCUGGUGUCUCUGAUAAAAUAUGUUUGAUGGCAAGAGAUGAGCAGAAUGUUCUUGUAGUGAGCUAUGCGGAACUGAAAGCAUGCUUUGAAUCUUCGUUUAAUGAGGUUCUGAAUGCAGCUCUUGGGCCAAAGCCUCACACAUAAGUUUUCCUUUUAUCAGUGAUUCUAAUACAGAUUUUUAUAUGAAGUGUAGCUCAGAAAAGAAAUGAGAUUUUUCUCUUGAGUUUGUUAAAAUGUGGUCUUGUGCUCCUUGGAAACUGAAAUGAAAGUGUUUUAAUUUCGUUCCUAGUUUCUUCACUUAAAACAUGUAUUGAGCUGAGCAUCUCAAGUUUGUUGAGCAGGACUGAGUUUUAGAGUACUUAAGUCAACUGCAAUUCCAAAUACCAUGUUUGUUAAGAUAGCAAGAAUUUUAUUUUUUCAUAUUUUGUAAAAAAAAAAAACAAAAGAAAAAAGUUGUGACAUUUACAUAGGAUAUUUUCAAAAAGGAAAUGCAAUCCUCCUUCAAAAAUGCUAAACAAGUAUAAUAUAUUUGUAAAUCUGUAUGAAAAGUGCAUAAUAUUUGACAAUGGUUUGACUGCCUAAAAUCUUGUCUUUGUCCUUUGUCAGUUGUAUUUUUUUUUUAAUUAUUAUUAUUAUUUUUCUAAAUGCAUAAAAAUAUGAACUGUGGCAAGUUUUUGCAGAAGAAAAUAGGCAAUAGUUUUUAUAUCUAAGUUAAUUCUUAUAGAAAAUUGUGAAAGGAGUUUGUUAAAAAAAAGGUGAUCCAUUUAAGUUUACUGUACAUUGAAUUUUAUGGAAUUAUCAAGUGCUUUGAUAAAAAAUUUUAACGAAAAUUAUGUAGUCGUUUAUUGUCCUUUGUAUCAUUUUAAAUGGCAAAUGCUCUGUUUUAAUUACAAGUUACUUUAUGUGGUGUGAAUUUUUCUUAAAUCUGUGUAAGGGCUAGUGAUUUAAAAAUUAAUUGCUGAAUUUUAAAAGUUUUAAAAUGUAAGAAAAAGCAUAUUUGAAUCGUCUGUAUAAAUUUUAUUUUUAUAUUUUUUAUUUUCAUAUUGUAAUGGUAUGUACAGUGAUUUAAUGAGAAGAGAAAAUUUGUCAAAAGGUUUAAUUCUGAAGACAGGUGUUGCUACAUUGCAAUCACUUUAUAGUAAUUUUUGGAAUAUGCGUUUGAGAUAAGUCUGUUAAUCUGUUUUGUGUAAACAAUUGUGUGCGACGCAGCAUUUUAUUCUUCUGUUAACUCAGUUUGGGAUAUUAGCUCCCUCUGAGUUUGUUGAUAAACAGAUCUGUUGUAAAUUCUCUUUUCGGAAGGAAGGGGGAAAUGAUUGUAAUUCUGCUGCCGAAAACCUCAUAUAUUCUCUUCUCCAUUUUUUUAUGGUGAUCUAGAAGAUGUUAAAAGUGGAGAUUUAAAUUAUGUAUUGUAUUUGUACAAAUGUAUUUGAGAAUAAAGAUUUUAUUUUCUUGAAAAAAAAAAAAAAAA